CUGGUGUUUACUCCGCAGGCGCGAGCGCGCGAGGCUCCGGGGCGGUGCGGGGCGGCGCCUAGUGCUAGUGGGCACAGCAGGUCCCAGUCGAGCGUCGCUGUUAUCGCGGGGCUGAGGUCGUCUCAGCAGCCAUGGCGAAAAGUAGACUUACCGAACGAUCGCAGACUGGGGCACUCCGUACGACCCCAGCGGGGGACCGGACAGUGGGGACGCAGAGUCCCACGGAGCCAGGCAGCGGAGACCCCCUGAAGGAAAAAGCCUGUGUAGAAGCUGGGUCAGCAAGAAUGUCGCUUCUUAUAUUGGUGUCCAUUUUCUUAUCUGCAGCUUUUGUUAUGUUUUUGGUAUAUAAAAAUUUUCCUCAGCUUAGUGAAGAAGAAAGAGUGAAUAUGAAGGUUCCCAGAGAUAUGGAUGAUGCCAAGGCUCUAGGAAAAGUUUUAUCCAAAUAUAAGGACACCUUUUAUGUACAAGUACUUGUAGCAUAUUUUGCUACAUAUAUUUUCUUGCAAACAUUUGCUAUUCCAGGCUCCAUAUUCCUCAGUAUACUCUCAGGGUUUCUUUAUCCCUUUCCACUGGCCUUAUUUCUUGUUUGUUUGUGUUCUGGACUCGGUGCCUCAUUCUGCUACAUGCUCUCGUAUUUAGUUGGGAGGCCAGUUGUGUACAAAUACCUAACAGAGAAAGCAGUAAAAUGGUCACAGCAGGUUGAACGUCAUAGAGAACAUCUCAUUAACUACAUUAUAUUUUUGAGAAUAACACCAUUUCUGCCUAAUUGGUUUAUUAACAUUACAUCUCCUGUAAUAAAUGUACCUUUGAAAGUUUUUUUUAUUGGCACUUUUCUAGGUGUCGCACCUCCCUCUUUUGUAGCGAUCAAGGCAGGAACAACACUCUACCAGCUUACAACAGCAGGGGAAGCUGUUUCCUGGAACUCAGUAUUUGUUCUAAUGAUUUUGGCUCUUCUCUCUAUCCUCCCAGCCAUCUUCCAAAAAAAACUAAAGCAGAAAUUUGUGUGAAUAAAUCAUCUGGCUUUUAGUUUUCCUAUCAUCAUCAUCAUCUCAGGAUUGGCAGGUUUAUGUGUUAAAAUCACCUCUUUAGUAAUUGAAACAAGGGAUUUGUAAAAUAAAAUUUCCUAUGAGACAGUUAAAAUAACGCAUUUAAGUGUCACGGGACAGAAGAAAAUGAGAAUGAAAAUUGAUGUACUAUGGAAAAUGCUGUCAAUAGUUAUGGUAGCCAUCUUGUAAAUUACUAUUCCAAGGGUAGCUAUAGAUAAUUAGUAACGGCAUGGUAAGAAAUUCUUGACCUAGUUGAUUCAAUUUAAUAUAUUCAUGAACUGGCUAUAGAUACUUACCCUUGACUUGAUAUUUUAAUAUUUUUCUCUCUUAUCUCUUAGUAAUAACUAAAAUACAUAUAUAAAAGCAAAGAUUCUAGAUUUUUAUAAAUAAUAUUGUAGUUCUGGCUAAUACUGGCCUUUCAGAGCAUAAACUUAAAACUAAAGCUCUAAAGAUAUUUACAUCUUUUUCCUCUUUUUCUCUUUGCGGUAAUGGAUUUGUUUAGAAGUUGCAUCUUAGUGGACUACUGAAUUUGGAAAGAUAUCAAGUUAUAUUUAUUUAGUGAAUUUUAUUAUUGUUUUUUGCUGUUCUAGAUUAUAUCAUGGAUUAGUCUGAAAUUUAAAAUUCUGACCAGUCUAUUUUCAUCUUUUUUUCUAGUUUUCACAGUAUUUCCACUGUGCAUAUACAAAAUGGUGAUUACAUGAUAAUUGUAUCAUAUUGGUGAUAAUUUAUAUUCAGAAAUGUUUUGUUACUCAGUUCCCCUCUACUAUCUCAAAAGGGGAUCAAAAAAGCAAACAUUCAAAGUAUGUAGUUUUUAGAUGUUAGAUUUAAUAUUACUUUAUAUUUUGAAACAGAAACAGUGACAGCGCAACAUUUAAGUAGUUAAAUAUAGUUUAUUUGUUCAAUGACUGUAAAAUUUACCUCAUUUAUUUAUUAGUCUGGUCAUUAAAGUAUGUAUUAUGUAAUUAUCCUUUGCAUGAUACACUUACAGAAUGCCUUGUUUCAUUUCUGUUGAUGGCUUUUUUGUUUGGAGCUGCUUUUGAUUAAUGCAGUUUCCCAAUUUAGUGUUUUCACUUUUUAUAACUCAAAGUAUAAUUAACUUCUCACAUGAUAACUACUCUAUUUCAAUAGUCCUGGAAAAACGAAACAGCGUUUUGCUGGUAUAUG